AUGCACGAUACACGCGCAAGUCAGGCCGCUGAUUCAGCAAAGGUGAUCAAAAGCCCUAAAGGCUUGGUGGAAGAAGCUCUUGGUGCUCAGUCUGACUCGCUGGACGAAAGAGCACCCUUGAGCUCUCUCGGUCUAGACUCGCUCACAGCGGUCAAGCUAUCUGGCCUGCUCAAGCGCCAAUUUGGUCUGAGCUUUACGCAAAUGCAGCUGUUAGGAGCAACUACGUUGCGAGACAUUCAAGCCUCGUCGGAAGUCGCGCAGCCCAAUGGCAAUUCCGCUUCGAACGGGACCGCAAAAGGCUCAGCUAGCUUGGACUCCGCCGCUGACACAUGCGUCGUGCAUCUUAAUGACGUGACGAACGGUGAUCCGCUGUUCCUGAUACAUGGCGCGGGAGGUAGCAUU